AUGAUGUACAAGCCGGGUGUAUCAUCAAUGAUUUAUGUCUACGCAAGGCCAGUAACGAAAUACAAUCAAGAGUGUCUUCGGCGAUGGCUGACAGUUGACAACUGCGAGAGUAAUUCUCAACUAGCAUUCGCAAUUCAGCUCCAGAUCACUAGCUCGGAGUUUUCGGCUAGCAAGCUGAUCCUGGAUUUGCCUGGCCAUGCUUCACUUAUCGACCCAAUCCCCAACGCUAUUGCUGCCAACGUUGACACUGAUUGUGUAACCGGAAUUAACAUCGACGCA